CAUCCAUCCUUACGUGCCAUUCCUACACCCUGACAGUGUAGCAGAGCUGCAGCAGACAGAGAAAUAAACAUCUCACUAUUAAGCUUCCUCCUUUUUCUGCCUGUCGGUGUUCAUCUUGAAGACUCAGCACCUGUUCUGCAGGGAAGAUCGCAUCAGAGGGGGAAACUUUGUGGAUUUUUGCAACCAAAUAAUUCUUGUUUAGAUCUUCCAAAAACCAGCUGCCACCAUUUCACCUCCAACAAGCAUGUACAGCUCCAGCUAUUCCCGGGCCAAGUUUGGCCUGGAGGCAAGGGAGCCCCUGCACAAGUCAAAGGGAAAGAGCUGUGGUUACUACAUGAGGAUCGUCUUCUUCUUUUCCUCUCUGAUCCAGUCUCUCAUCAUCGUCAGUCUGGUGCUCUUCCUCAUCUAUGGACAGCCAGAGAAAUCUGCAGAGGAGAAGAGGGUAGAGGAUCUGGAGCUGAGUUUCAACAGGCUGAGUGAGAACAACAUCCAGCUGAGGAAGGAGAAAGGCGAGCUGGGAGCUCAGCUGGAAGCUCGCACAGCUGAGAAGGCUGCUCUGGAGAAAGAGAUGGAGAAGCUGAAGACCGAUGCCAACAGCACAGAAUAUCAGCUAAAAAUGAAAUUGUCAAACUGUGAGAGAAUGAGUGCAACAACACUGAGCAUGAUGCGUCGUCCUACCCCUCCCAUCCAGGCCCCUCCUUUGCUCACUACCAGCAGUGAAUUAAAAACAAUGCAGAGCCUCAACGCUCAGCAGAAAGCUAUGAUAAAUCUCAUUGAGGCAAACUUCACCCAGAUGGUUCAGUACCUGAGCCAGGAGAGAGACAAUGCCCUCAAAGACCGAGACACACACCACCAGGAUGCCAUCACCCUGCGCAGGGAGAACACAAUGCAGAAAGAGCAGCUCACCAGCUACACCAGGAAGUGCAAAGAAGACUUUGCCCAGUCUUUGAACGGGAUCACAGCGGUGACCAGGGAUUUCCUGAACCGUAUCAACAACCUGUUCCCUCACCAGCUGACCUUUCACCUCACCUGUGACAGCCAGCAGGAACAAAUGGAAAAGAUUAGAAACAGCUGCACAAACCUGUCCAGAGACGUGGAGAAUAAGUUCCAGUUGUAUCUCGACAACGUUGGCAACAAGGUGGCAGAGAUCCAAGCCAUGUCCAGUCGUCUAGAGGUGCAGAACUCACACCUGACGUCCGACCUGCAGCAGUGUGAACAAAAUCGCAGUGAAACGGUCGCUGAGGCCGCCAGGCAGCUCCAGCUCAAGCAAAAGACUCAUGAUGACCAGGUGGAAAAAUUACUGAUGGAGCAGAACCGGUUGAGAGAACAGAAGAAGCUGCAGGACGACAGUUUGGCCCUGAGAGAGAGAGAACUUAAGAUCCUCCAGCAGAUGCUCCCUGCUCAGCCUAAUUUUAAGUCUGGUGUUCCUAAAGCUUCCGGCCUCCAGGCCGCCCCACAGCAGGGCAGAGGGACUGUGGCUAACUGGCCUUUUGUUGGAGCACAGGGCAUCAGCAAAACUCUGAAGGUGAGAUGAAAUGAAGCAGCAGAGUAAGAACUGGUGGCACUAGUGGUGCACCACAGUGAUCGACAUUGGCCUUUAAAGACUUUUUAAAAGACAUGUAUAUAUUUCUGAUGCAACACAUUUCAAACUCAACCUGUAAAUACUUGUGAUUGCAUAUUAAUGAUAUAGGUAUUGUUGUUGGUUUGUGCAUGCUUUGUUUAGCUCUACUUGGCACUGAAGAUUCAUUUGCGUUUUACUCACUUUGAGUUUGAGUUUAAAUAUUUACUGUGAAAAGCUUUUGUAUCUUUAUACUCAGGUAAAUGUAAAAAUUUCCAUGACACUGGUGUAAAUAUUUUCUCUUGUGUGUCACUCAUGGUAGUUUGUGUUAUUAAGAAAACCAACAUGGGAAAAUCUUUUUAUUACCAUGCAAUUAAAAUUAAAUGAACCAAAAAAAGAAACCCAGUGCCGGUCUCUUGUGUCUUCCUGGCAUUAAAUAUACAACAAAGACUCAGACAGGAGUUUGGGCAGCAGCUGCUAACGUGUCUGCUAUAAACAGAAUACUCUUAAAAUAGCUGCAUUUAUGUUUCCUAGUGAUUCACACGUUUGAAUUUCUACCAUGGCCCGGAUGACAAUACACACAUCCACCAAGUCAUAAACACAUCAUCACAGCCAUAAGCAAUCUUAAACAAUGUACAGUAUAUCAAAAAUAAGAAGCAGGAAAUUUGGUAUGAAUUAGAAAUUGAAAUUGUUUAGUUUUUAUGACUAACGCAACAAAGAAUAGUUUCGAUUGUGCGCUUAUUAAUUGCCACUUUUAUGGAGCAUUUUACAAGCCCAGGAGCUGUUAUAUGAACUGCUCUCAAGCUUUACUACUUCCUUUUCCUUUUUAAGCACAAGGCGAUGAGCAAAUACAGUACUGUAGCUGCAGACGGCUGGUGUUUAAAUGUGUUCACCUUGUAUCCAUAAAAUUAACUCCUUUUUUUGUGAUAAUAGUGUAUU